AUUCGUGUGGAACACCCACCCACCCACCUGCCUAAGCGUUAGUACGGGUCAGAACCAGUCCGAGCGGAUUGCGCAACGUCGGAACCUUUCACUGACGACAACGACGACGACGACGUACCGCCGCCGCGCACGAACAGCAAAAUUAUCCGUCUUUCGUCCGCGCUUUGUCCGCCGCAGUUGUCGCCGUUCGUCAUCGUCGCCGUCGUUGUCGCCGAGUCGUAACCGCGUCGCUCGUCGGAUUCCGCCGUUUUCCCGUCUGGCGGACACCGUUGACGGCCAUCGCCAACCCCGGUCAUACCAUGGCUAAUAAAUGCAUUCUUUUAUGUGCAUUGGCAUUAUGCUGUGUUCGAGCUGAUCAUCUGAUGUCUAAUGAUGCUUUAUCAGAUCUGAAUGAUAUGUCUAAAGAUAUUACUAUAGAAUGUAACAAUAAAGAAAUAAGUGUAACUAUUGAUACAAAGUCAAAAUCAUUCACUGGAAUAAUUUACCCUAAGGGUUUAUCCAAAAAUUCCAGUUGUAUGGCUGAAUUCAAUUAUGAAAAAAGUCCUGUAGUUUACAAACUUCCGUUAAGGUCAUGUAACACAAUGAGUACAUACCUAAAUGAUGGUUUAGUAGAGUACUUCAAUACAAUAGUUUUACAACCUCAUAGAAAAUUGGUGACAAAUCAGGGUAAAGGAUUUCAUAUUCGCUGUAAAUAUCAAACAAAUGAUCAGCUACUAACUAAUGUGUUAAAUAUGAGCACAACUGAUGAAGCUGCAAUGAUUGAAACUGCCAAGAUGCCAACAUGUACAAUGAAAAUUUUCUCUGGAAAAACUGUAAAGCAAGACGUAGCAGAAAAUGUUAAAAUUGGAGAUCCCUUGACAAUGGUUAUUUCAAUUAACAGUGAAGACACUUUUGGAUUAUUUAUUACAGACUGUUUAGUUCGUGAUGGUUUGGGUUGGGGUGAUCAGCGACUUAUUGAUCAAUCUGGAUGUUCAAUUGAAGAUGACAUAAUGGGGCAAUUCCAAUACAGUGCUAACAAAACAACAGCAGUGGUGAACUUUCAAGCUCAUAAGUUUCCUUAUACUACCUCUGUUUAUUAUCAAUGUCACGUUCAUUUGUGUUUGAAAGCAAAUGGAGGUUGUGCAAAUACGCCACCAAAUUGUAGUAACAGAAAACGUUUCCGACGUGAAGAUCAAACAAUUGAGGAUGAAAGUCCUGCUACAAUAGAAGUAUAUAGCGGGCUUUAUGUAAAUGAAGGAGUAGAUUCAGGAAAUCCAGAACAGAUGGAUCAAGUAGCACGAGAAAAGAUAAUGGAUGAUCCGUACAAUAUUUGCAUUUCUCAGCGAAAUUUUGCUAUUAGUAUUGCAAUAGCUGGACUUAUUCUUAUGCUUUUAACAGUAAUAACAGCUUUAAUAUUGUUGAUGAGAAGACACAAAAAGUCGGUUUCAUCCAGUGGAAGUUCAGUAUACAGUGGCCCAUACACAAAUACAGCGUUUAGUCAUACUAGUUAAAUAUUAGCAAUUAAAAAUCUAUGGUGCUCUUUCUAUUAACAUUUAAUAACAUUUAUUUUUAUUUUAUAUCCAAAAAAACAAUUGAUAUUCAUAAUAUAUAAGAUAUAUUAAAGGUUAUGAGAUGUAUUAAGAUAAUUCUAUUGCGCUAUUAAUUAGCGCAAACAUUUAUUUUUUGGUAAUUUAGUAUUUUUUAUUUAAUGAAAUUUAAUUUGAAUCGCGGACAUAUAUUAAGAAGAACUUCACUCUUGUAAAAUGUUUUUCAGAAAUAAAUUACCCAUUAUUUAGCUUAAGCUGCUCGUAUGCUCUUAUUGCUCCCAAAUUCACAUUUGAAAACAUGUACAAGAAUAUGAAUGUAUUGCUAUUAAUAUAUAUAUUUUUAUUAAACCAUGUUAUGUGCAAUAUUAUACUUUUAUGAUAAUAACUAUUUAUUUUAUAUAUAUAUUUUUGAUAGAUAUAAUUUGUCUUGAGUUCCUUCUUUAUAUUUUGUCAAAACUAAAUUUAGUUAUUUGUCAUGAAAUAGUAUAAAUUUAUAUAUUAUAUUUUAUAUUUAUGUAUUUAUUAUGUAAAUGAAUUGGAGUCUAUUGUAUUAAUAUAUGUCCCUGAUUUAAAUAUUUUAUUAAUAUUUAUAUUACUUUAUUUUAUACAAUUAAUAUAUUUAAGACUUAUAUUAUAUUAUAAAUACUAUGAUCAAUGUAGUGUGGUAGUAUUAUUUUUAUUAAAUUAAUUUAUAAUUUUAUGUAUUUAA